AUGAUACCUUCACCUUCGACUAAUAUUGCUAAAUAUCGUAAACUUGGUGAAGAUAUGAUUCAAUUUAUUGACCUUUGUGUACAGCAUGAUGAAACAGAGAAUAGUUUUAUUUGGGCAUUAAAAAUGAUCAAAAAGGGAACAGGAAAUUUAAUACCAAGAGUUAUAUUCACUGAUUCUGAUCCAGCAAUGGCUAAUGCAAUAUCUUUAGAAUUUUCAGAUUCUAUUCAUUCAAAUAGUUAUAUUAAGCAACAGUUAGAUCCUUUUAAACACAAAUGGGCUGUAUGCUAUACAAAUAAUCAAUUUACAGCAGAUGCAAAUAGCACUCAACGAGAAAUUCAAGAAGUACUUAAUAAGGAAUCGGAAUAUGCAAGAGUAGAGGAAUAUAAAGAUCAAAUUCCAACAGUUGGCUUUGCAACU